UGAAGAAGCUAUGCACCCAGCCUGAAGAUACUACGGUGACUUUCGCACGACGUGGUUCGCUGCAGGCUGGUGCGCCCGUGCCCCACGUUGUGUGGAGUGAAGGGUGCGGGCACGUGCGUUCGGCUUGGCACUCGGUAAACUGAUACAGGUGUCCUCGAAACCGCGAGCUUAGCUCGAGAGCUUCGUGACGCGGCCUGGAGUGCAACGUCUCUCUUCAACACCCAAUUCCCUCCACCAUGGCGGCUGCAGAGUCCGAGACAGACAAAUUCAUAAAGCAGGUCAGCGGCCGGAACACGCGAGGCCUGCUCCGCGUCAUUAUCCUGUGUCUGAUUGCGGGUGCUGCCGUUGCGAGUCGUCUGUUCUCCGUGAUCCGCUUCGAGAGCAUCAUCCACGAGUUCGAUCCGUGGUUCAACUUUCGAGCAACCAAGUAUCUCGUUCAGAAUGGCUUCUACAGCUUCUGGGACUGGUUCGACGACCGAACAUGGCAUCCUCUCGGGCGAGUUACUGGUGGCACCCUCUACCCUGGUCUGAUGGUGACCAGCGGCGCCAUCUACCACCUCCUCCGCUUCCUCACGCUCCCCGUCGACAUUCGCAACAUCUGCGUGCUCCUUGCGCCGGGCUUCUCGGGCCUCACUGCUCUGGCGACGUAUCUUCUGACUUCCGAGAUGGUCACGUCCCCGUCUGCUGGACUCCUCGCCGCCGCCUUCAUGGGCAUCACGCCCGGUUACAUCUCGCGAUCCGUGGCCGGAAGCUAUGACAACGAGGCUAUCGCCAUUUUCUUGCUGGUCUUCACCUUCUUCCUAUGGAUCAAGGCGGUUAAGAAUGGUUCCAUGUUCUGGGGCGCGCUGACGGCGCUGUUCUACGGAUACAUGGUGUCGGCGUGGGGUGGAUACGUCUUCAUUACCAACCUGCUCCCGCUGCACGCAUUCGUGCUCAUCUGCAUGGGACGGUACAGCCCGAGGUUGUACGUCAGCUAUACUUCGUGGUAUGCGCUAGGCACGCUUGCAAGCAUGCAGAUUCCCUUCGUCGGUUUCCUACCCAUCAGGAGUAGUGAGCACAUGUCCGCGCUCGGCGUCUUUGGCCUCCUUCAAUUGGUUGGGGGAGUCGAAUGGAUCCGUACCCAGAUCCCCAGCAAGCAGUUUCAGACGCUCCUGCGCGCUCUCGUCCUGUUCAUUUUCGUCGUUGCCUUUGGAGGUCUCGUUCUGCUGACCGUCUCCGGCGUCAUUGCUCCCUGGACUGGCCGAUUCUACUCGCUCUGGGAUACCGGGUAUGCAAAGAUUCACAUUCCCAUCAUUGCCUCCGUCUCCGAACAUCAGCCGACCGCAUGGCCCGCCUUCUUCUUCGACUUGAGCAUGAUGAUCUGGCUGUUCCCCGCUGGUGUUUACAUGUGUUUCCGCAAGUUGACCGACGAACAAGUUUUCAUCGUCAUCUACGCUGUGCUUGCCAGCUACUUCGCUGGUGUCAUGGUUCGUCUCAUGCUCACGUUGACCCCUAUUGUCUGUGUUGCUUCUGCCAUGGCCUUUUCGCAGAUUCUCGACACCUACCUGGACGCCAAGACACCAAAGGCUGAGCUGCCCAAGGAGAAUGGAGACUCGAGGGACGCUGCAAAGGUCGCCGCUGCUGCAGUGCUUCCGGAUGGUCUUCGUUCCACGCGCCAGCCCCUGAUCGGAGUGUACUCGUACGCCUCAAAGCUCACCGUCAUGGGAGCUUCUGUUGUGUACUUGCUCCUCUUUGUUCUCCACUGUACUUGGGUCACUUCUAACGCCUACUCUUCGCCUUCAGUCGUGCUUGCGUCCCGCCUUCCAGAUGGCAGCCAGCAUAUCAUCGACGACUACCGUGAGGCCUACUACUGGCUCCGUCAAAACACCCCUGACAAUGCCAAGAUUAUGUCUUGGUGGGAUUACGGCUACCAGAUCGGUGGGAUGGCCGACAGACCGACACUUGUUGACAACAACACGUGGAACAACACCCAUAUUGCUACUGUCGGUAAAGCUAUGAGCUCCCGGGAAGAGGUCAGCUACCCGAUUAUGCGCCAGCACGAGGUGGACUACGUCCUGGUCGUCUUCGGAGGUCUUCUGGGCUACUCUGGUGACGACAUCAACAAGUUCCUCUGGAUGGUCCGUAUCGCCGAGGGUAUCUGGCCCGAGGAGGUCAAAGAGCGUAACUUCUUCACGCCACGUGGCGAGUAUCGUGUAGACGAAGAGGCCACGCCGACCAUGAAGAACAGUUUGAUGUACAAGAUGUCCUACUACAACUACCACUCGCUGUUUCCGGCCGGACAGGCAACUGACCGUGUUCGUGGAGCGCGACUUCCCGCCCAAGGCCCCGAACUCAGCACCAUUGAGGAGGCGUUUACCAGCGAAAACUGGAUUAUCAGGAUCUAUAAGGUCAAGGAACCUGACAACUUUGGACGUGACCAUCAGAGCGCCACGUCGUUUGACAAGGGCCACAAGAAGAAGAAGGCCCCGAAGAGGAAAGGCCCCCGAGUUUUGAGGGUCGAGUAGAUAUUUCCCACAUAAGCGUAAGCGUAGUUUCUUAGUAGAUUUUGAGCAUUGUAAAAGUAGGCCGGUUCACAGCCCGGACAGGCAGGCGUUGGGUGGACAAUAAAAGCAAAACAGCUCCCAAAGUCGCUUGGUACUCGGCCGUGAAGCACACGUCAGACAGAUAUAUGUUGUGGAAGAGGAUAAGCGGCACAAAAUGGUGAGGCAGAACCGUAGCACAAUAGGAGAGGCAUUGGCUGGCACUGUGCUGUGGGUCCGAGGUAGCCACAGAGCAGGAACGCAAAAUGGUCACUCCGAUUUCGU